GCGUGUCAGCGUCCGUCCUCCAGUGCUACACCAAAACCACUGCACCGGAGAGUGUCGAGAGAUCGUGCGUGUGCCGCAAGCGAAAUGGCCGCCUUCAGUGACAAACCGAUUCGCGGGGUGGUAUUUGACCUAGACGGCACGCUGCUCGACACAGAGGAGCUCUCGUCCCAGUCGCUGCAGCAGAGCGUCGGGAAGUUCGGCAAGCAGUUCACGUGGGAAGUCAAGCAGAAGAUCCUCGGUCUGCGAAAGGAGUCGUGGGCGCCAAUUGUGAUCGCUGAGCUAGGGUUGGAGGGUCAGCUGUCCUGGGAGGACCUAGGAGCGCAGUGGGAGCACAACCUGCACGAGCUGAGCCCUCAGGUCAAGAAGUGCGACGGAGCCGAGACCGUGACAAAGCGCCUCAAGGACAUGGGUGUUCCCCAGGGUAUCGCAACCUCGAGCUCGAAAGCAGCGGUCAGCAUCAAGAGGCAGAACCACGAGGGGCUUUUCGAGCGGAUGGAGUGCGUGGUCACCGGCGACGACCCCGAGGUCAUCGAGGGCAAACCCGCCCCGGACAUCUACCUCGCCGCCGCGAGGCGCAUGGGGAUCAAGCCCCAAGAGUGCCUCGCCUUUGAGGACGCAUUGUCCGGCGUUCGGUCAGCCAAGGCCGCGGGCAUGCUCGUCGUCGCCGUCCCCGACCCUAGGUUAGACAAGGCGCCGUUCUUGGAGGCCGGGGCGGACUUGCUGCUGGGGUCUCUGGGCGAGUGGGACCCGUCGGCGUGGCGACUCGAGACCGGCGCGGUGGCCGAAACAGAUGCUUGAGAGUCUGUCGGUCUGCCGUCGUUGUUUUCGCCGCGCAAGAGGCAUGCGGUCUAGAUUUGCCUGCCAAGAGGGUGGCGAGGUUCUCUGUAGUGUGGCCGUGAC